AGGCCGUCUGCCUGUUCUGUCCGCGAUCUUUCGAUCUUAUAAAAGCGUUCACCCUAACAUGGCCCCUUCCUCAGUCCUUUCACCGACAUACUACUACAUCCACUCUCAUCAUGCCGUCUUGCAGCAUUUGCAUCGACGAACUCAAGCAACCAGUUGCAUUGCCCUGUGGGCAUGUGUUCUGCACCGAAUGCGUAUACCGCGCUGUCAAUGCCAUUAAGCCGUACGCUACCAUACAUUACUGCCCCACAUGUCGAGCCCCGUACACGACUGUGAACAUCGACCCUACCCUCAUCCCUGCCCACCUCCGUGCCCAUAUAAUUCCCAGCAUUCGUCGCCUCUACCUCGAUGAACCUAACCCAAACAUCGAUUCCUCCAUGGAUACCCCCAAAGCAGUAUCCGAAUGUGCCAGGAUCAGCGCUGAGAAUGCUGCUCUACGGCUAAAUUGCGGGUUGUGGCGACGACGAGCCGAAGUCCAUGCUGCGGCGACACUUGGACUUCUAAACGUAGCUCGUAUAGCUCGGGACAAUGCUGUACAGCUGAAGCAGGAAAAAGAUGAGCUCGAACGGCGGUACAAUGUGUUGAAGAGAAAGAUAGAUGCUGAAGAGCUAUUUUCAAGCUUUUCUAGAAUAUCCCCCCCACCAUCAUCAUCGUCCACAUCUACUUCAACGACACCCGAACGCAUAUCUCGGCCGGCUAUCCAGAUACAUCACUCGGCACGCCGUGCAACCCCGUCCAAUAUUCGAAUCACAUCGGCGCAGACAGCACAACCUGUGACAUGUUCUGCAUGGACGGAUAUUGCUAAAAACCUGAAAGAGGACGUUACAUUGCCCCCUUUCAAAAGACGGCGGACUGGUACGCCGACUCUUCCUCGACUACAUGAUAUAGAUGUCGAUGUCUUGCCGGCUUCUCUGUCUCGCCGUCGGACACCAGUACCCUCACCUAUACCUUGUGAACGUCCACAGUCGUCCUGAUGUCUUGCAUUGCUCUACUUGUAUGUUCUGUAUUGGAAUUCCUGGAGCGCUGUUCAUAAUCUAUACCAUCUUCAUACUAUAUUAUUACACACUGCAUGACAUCUGUAUAACCAGCAUCUCUCGAUACAUCACCACUCUAUUAACUUUAUUCUUGCAUAACAUCCCGCAAAGCCAUAUCUGGACUUUACCGUAAAUAUGUUAUGUCUCCCACAUGCGAUGUGCGGAAAAAGUUGCGGAAUAUCGAUCGGAUCAAGGUGGCGUCUGUGGCCGUUUUUGCUCCCCUCUCGUAUUACCUCC